AUGGAAGAAUGGCCACAGGACUGUCUUAAGGAGGCUGCCCCCGACGGAGGGAGAACCUUGCAGGGCAGUGACUCAGCUCCUUUUGCAGAGGAUGCCACAAGUAUAUUGGGUAGUAGUGGGGAGCCUGCGGAGGCGCCCAAUGUGUACCUGGAGUCUAUGGCGUUUAAUCAGGACGGAAGCUGUUUCAUCGCUGGGACAUCAGAGGGUUUCAGGGUGUAUACAAGCUCCCCCCUAACGGAGUUCGUCCGCAGAGAGGGAUCCAACUGGCCUGAUAGAGGGGUCCAUACAGCGGCAAUGCUCUUUCGAACAAAUGUUUUUGCGACGGUAAGUAAACUUGAAAACAGGAAAGUCAAGUUCUGGGAUGACAGCAGAAGGAGGUUUAUCGGAGAACUUCGGAGCAGACAGCCAGUGAAAAGCGUGUGUCUCACGCGAGAUGUCCUUGCCAUGGUUACCGACUUCGCGGGGGUCCUUGGCGGUUAUUUUGGUGCCUCGCGGAGUUUUGCACAGUUUCACCUUCCACAGGACUUGAAGCUUCUCGACAGUCGGUCUCCCACUUCUACCAUCAGCGGUCCAUUGGUAGCUUUUGCAGGCCCAGUUUCCAACCACUUAUUCCUUCUCUGCCCCUCUGGCGUCUUUUGUGAGCUCCGCUUCGACCUGAGUAAAGGCCAGGAAUGCACUCUUUUAACUGCCAGCACCUGGUUCGCGCCGAGGCCAAACUUCCAGAUACAGCCUCAUUUGGGAACUGCCGCACUUCCAUCCGAAUUAGAAGGCGGGCACGAUGGUGACCAGUGGCAGCUCGUGCUAUGA